UGGGGGGAGUAGUUGCAGCCCUGCUUUUGGAGGGACUUGGCGUUGUUUGGCAACAAACAACAGGUUUUUAGCAGUUUUUAGACAAUUUUUCACUUAAAAGUUAGUUGGUCCGUUCGAAAAUGAGUCCGAAACAGCACGCAAGAUGUAGAGUUAUUGGCUGCAACAAUCAGAAGACAAAUCCACCACCUAAAACGGGCAUGUUUCUUGUUCCAAGUAGUGCACCUCGUGAAGUAUUUGAAAAAUGGGUUCAACUUACUGGUAACGAGGAACUGUGUGAGAUACCGAUUGAUCAUUUAAAGAGAAAUUUGCGGAUUUGUGAGCGGCAUUUUCUCCCUAACCAAGUGUCUCCUCCGACUUCUAAGAUCAAGAGGCUGCUGCAGCGGGGGAUUGCCUCCGUAGUUCCCACCCAAUUUCUGACAACCACGUUCCCAUUACCUGUGGAAGAAUUGACCAGUGGAGACAAAGCGAGCAUUAUCGGAGGGCAUUCUCGAAUAAUGCAUCAGAGCCCCCUGAUCCUUGUUACCAGCCCAAGGCUUCAGACAUCCCAUCGGAUGAAGUUCCGACAGGAAUGCAAGGAACUAAUGAGUGGGAAGAAGGUAGUGAGGCACCCACUAAGGAGUGGGUGCCUCACUACAUGGUGACUCAGCUUGGAAAUGGGCUGUUCGCAAUACCAGGCCUCUUCAUGGAAAUACCGGAAUUGAAGUGAAGUGCAAGGCUGCUGAACACCACUGAGUGCUCUUCUGACCAAUCUUACUGAUUCUGUGGGCAGGAGCCGCAGUGAGGCCCCCCCCCUCCCCCUCCAAUGUGUCCAGCGGCGAAGUGCUGUCACCAGGCUGUCAUCUCGAAAUGUUUUGUUUACUUUAGACUUCCAUGAAAUCAAAAUGCCCAACUUCUGUGCUCUGUUGGCCUGCCUCAAUCUCGCAGAAGUAUCAAAACUCAUCCAGACAAAUCUCUCCCUUUUGUUGACCUUGGCAUAAAAGAGGGUAGAGAUUAUUUUUGGUCAAAGACCAAGGAAUCAUUCAAAUAUGUGUAUAAGCAUUAUUUAGAUCAAGUGUACUGGGUUAUGAAAGCAGAUGAUGA